AUGCAAGGAGAACCAAAAGGUAUUAAAUUAAUAUUAAAAGAAAGAGGGCUUUGGAAAGAUAGGCUACUUUUAGAAUGUAAGGAAUAUAAGAAAUUGUUUGCUAUUGUAGAACUAAUAGAGAGUACAAGUCAUUUAUAUGUCUUCUAUUCAAAAUUUUACUGUAAACUUAACUUCAUUGAGAUGUAUUGGGAGGCUGCUAAAAAUUAUACGAGAAAUAAUUGUAAUUACACUUGGGCUAGUUUGCAAAAAACUGUUCUACAUGCAUUUGACUUAGUUGGCAUCAUUAAAAUUAGAAAGUUUGCUCGAAAAUCAUGGAGAUAUAUAGAAUUAUAUCAUGAGGGAUUGACAGGAAAAUUAGCUGA